GAUAUUAUGUUUUAUUUUCAGCAUGUCAUAAACAAAAAUUGCAUGAAAUUUUAUGUUAUUUUAUAUGGAAAUUGUUGACGACAAUGGCGACGAGUUAUUUAUCUGAAAACCAAGCUCCACGUGAUUUUAGAGUGUCUUCUAUAGAGAGUGAUGGUCACUACACAAAGUGCCCUCUUUGCUUUACUGUGAAACGAAACUUUUAUUGCGCAGAUUGUGUAAGAAAUGGAAAUUUUGUUCACUCAUCUUUACCUUACUCAGACAGAUUUGCUGACAAACAAGCAAAGAUAAUGCGAUUAAAAGUUAACCGACAACAUAUUUUGGACAUUUGUGAUAAGUUACUGACACCUAAAUUAAAAAAAGACGUACUAGUUACUGAAACUAAAAGAUCAAAGGACAAGUUAGAGCUGUUACGUUUAGCUAUUGAUCAACGGAGAAAUAAUGUUAAGGUGCUGAAAGAAAAACUGAUUGAAUUAGAAAAUAGUAAUAAAGAAUUGAGGCUUAAGUUACCUAGGUAUCAAAAAAGAGUUGCAAGUUUAGGAGAGCAUGCACAGAAACAACAGUUUGAUGUACAGAAGAGAAUCAACACAUACAAUGAACUAGCCCAAAACUUGGCUGAGUUACGCAGGUCUAGAAUACGGCAACUUAAUAGAUAUAUUUUUCCUGUAUACAUAAGCUAUGAUCCCAGUGAUAGUAUAGAAGAUAUGGAGUUUGUGGGUAAUGACGCAGAACAGGAGCCUCCGCCUAGACCUCAGCUACAUAUUGUGGCUCCUUAUAUUGAUAUUGAAGGAGACGACUCACAUAUUCAGAUCUCAGUGAAUCAAAACAAGGAGGCUUGUGUUGGAAGUCCGCCAUCGACGAUUGCCGCGCACCGCGCUACGGCCGCAUUAGGUUUGUGUGCCCAGCUAACGGCCUUACUCGCCUGGACACUCGACGUCAGGCUACCACAUGCAGUCUCGCUUAGUGAAUGUUUAGAGACAUAUAGUGGGUCCCGCCGUGGCGUGUGUCGUCGCCUGCGCCUGUCAGGUGGCGCGGUGUGCGCACGCGCACAAAUCCGUGCCGAACCAAGCGCGCGCGGUCUGGCCGCGUUGCACGCUUUAGCCUUAGCCGCCGCCGCCGAUGAUCCUGCCAUUGGCCGAGUAGAGCCUUGGAGUAGGUCGGACAGUGUGCAAGCGCAGUGGGAGGAUUUGUGGGAAGAAGAGGGAAGGGAAGAGGGCGGUGGGGGCAGCGGAGGUGAGGAAGGUGAAGACGCAGAGCCAGAACAUCUGCAUUGGCCGGAAAACGAGCAGGUGGAAGAAAUGAGUAGCACACCUCCAGCGACCUCUCUUGUGACUUCAGCCAUUGCUUCCAUCUGGCGUGGCUGGAAGAAGUGACCUACGAUCGUUCUUUAACGUUACUUAAGUGCUUAGUAUAUUAAAUUAAAUAAGAUUUAUAAGAACGCGCCUUAAAAAAAGUCAUUAAAGUUUUAUUGCUUUGAAUAGAUAAUAAAAAAUUUAACGAAUUUAGUACUAGAUAACACUCUAUAUUGAAAAGAAGCUAGUUUAAGUACUGGUACUAUUGUAAAAUGAAAAUCAAAAAUAUCGAUUUAUAAUUGAAAACGUUACUGGUUGGCAAACCAAACAUGCGCAGACAGAAAAAAAUUAGAAUGGGGGAAUCAUUUGUUCUUUGGAUUUACAAUAAUACUAAAAAUGUCUGCACCAAGAAAAAAAAAUUGUGAUACUGCAUGAGUUGAGAUUACUUAUUUUCGCAUAGAAGUGAGUUCACUUGGGGUUUUGUUUGAGAUUUUUUUUCUUAAAAUUUGUUUAUCCCUGGCUAACAUAAAGUAUGUUUACAAUAUAUGCAUAUUCCUUUUCCCUGACAUCCUUAUUUUUAUAAUUUGACAUAUAUGUAUAAUUUUCAAAAUAUUCUAUUAUAGAGAUGCAUUUGAUCAUAUGCGAGCCACCAUUUUGUUUUUCGAAAGGUUAUUUUCUUUAGUUAACGAUUAAAUAAUCUAAUCUGUGUUCCAUAGACAAUUUACAGCUUUAAGAACAGUAUUACGUACUACCGUACAUAUGGUAGGUAACCAAGGGGCUUAGUCAAGAUGCUUUAACAGUAGGGUAUGUAGAAACUGAAAACUAAAUUUGUUUAAAACAAUUAUAGACACGAACUGUCAUUUUCAUACAAAUAUUGUCUGCGACUUUCGACAUACACAACUGUUAGGCAUCUUGACUAAGCCCCUUGGUUACCUACCAUAUGUACGGUAGUACGUAAUACUGUUGAAUACCUCCGCUUUGAGAAUUAGACAAUUUUGACACCAGGCACAGAACACCUGACUGUUAGGAAUAAAAAAAAUCAAAGUAAUUAAUGCAUAUACAUUAAGCAUAGGCGCAACGAGUGAUUUCGCGUAGCUAUACAUUUAAAUACUUUAAAAAUUUGCGUCUGUGCAUUAGUUAUUAAGAGUAUAAAAUGUCUUGAUUCACAACUAAAAUAGUAGUUUGUUGAAUACUACGGGUAACUUGUGAUAAUGAAACUUAUUGGAUAAAUCUUUCUAUGUUUCUUAAUUAUUAUUUUUAAGGUAAAUCGUUCGUUUCAAAGAUGUUUAUUAAAAUUUUUGUAUUAUCUGUUAACAUUUAAAUUUGAUCUUACUCACGAGAUAGUGUAUUAGAUAGUGACAUUGAUUUUAAUCUUUAUUACAUUUUUUUAUUAUA